GUAUAUUUAUUUUCACGUGGUCAUGUGGAGUACUGUUUUAUUUUGCCUGUCUCAUUAAGUGGAUACCAGGUGGAUCUAUGCUCGUUAAAGCACGCAGAGUGGGAGUGGAAGUUUAAAUCUCAGACCAUGCAGACGUGUUGGCGUGCGGUCGUGCUGUUGGCGACCGCAAUGUCCCUGGUGGCCUUUGCUGCAGCAUCUGUUCCAGGGAAGUCAGGCCUCCUCACAUCAGAAAGUCCCAAGUCUACAUUAAAACGGAUAUGGACAGAAAGUAGUAAGGACUUUUCCAUCAGCCGCCUGCUUUCGCAGACUCUUCAUGGUAAACAGAAUGCCAGCACCCUGGACCUGCAGUACAAAACACUAGAGCCCUACUCAGAGCAGGACCUUUGGGAUUGGCUCCGAAACUCUACGGACCUCUUGGAGUCUCGCUCUCGAUCCAAGAGGCGACCAAUCGUCAAAACGGGGAAGUUUAAGAAAAUGUUUGGCUGGGGCGACUUUCAGUCCAACAUUAAAACUGUGAAGCUGAAUCUCCUGAUCACCGGGAAGAUCGUGGACCAUGGGAACGGAACAUUCAGCGUCUACUUCCGGCACAACUCCACAGGCCAGGGCAACGUAUCCGUCAGCCUGGUGCCGCCCAGUAAGAUAGUGGAGUUUGAUAUGGCACAGCAGUCCGUUAUCGAUGCCAAAGACUCUAAGUCAUUCAACUGCCGCAUUGAGUAUGAGAAAGUCGACAAAGCCACAAAGACCACGCCCUGCAACUAUGACCCAUCGAAGACGUGCUUUCAGGAGCAGACGCAGAGUCAUGUUUCAUGGCUCUGCUCAAAGCCCUUUAAAGUGAUCUGUAUUUUUAUCUCCUUCUACAGUACUGAUUACAAACUGGUGCAAAAAGUCUGCCCAGACUACAACUACCACAGUGACACUCCCUAUUUUCCAUCUGGCUAGCAACUCAUUCUGUAUGUCAUAUGGUAUCACAGUGCAAACAUGUCAGCUACUGUCCUGAAAGUGUCUGCAGCUGAAUGAUGAUGAUGAUGAUGAUGAUGAUGAUGUCUAAAUUGUGUGUAUUUUGUGAUUUUAC